AUAUCUUCCAAAAUAUUUGGCCUUUUUAUCUCUCCACAUCGUUCAUUCUCGAGCUCCGCCUCGCCGCCGCCAUGGCCUCACUCACCGUCUCUGCUCCUUUCAAGCCCUCCAUUCUCCGGCCCUCUUUCGUCUCUCCCGAACUCCUUAAAGCCUCGGCUUGUGCUGCCAAGGUCCACUCCUUUCUGCGCUGGAACCCUUGCCUCCGCCACUCCUUCCCUGCCAAAGCCAUUCUCGAAGAACUCUGGGCUAGGGCUUGAGAAGGACCUCUACUCUUCUUGGAUUACAGCUUCAGCACCGCAGACGCCGGCGACGGCAAUGAGAGGGGCGGAAUCGGACGUGAUGGGUUUGUUGCUGAAGGAGAGAAUUGUUUUCCUCGGGACCAGUAUUGACGACUUCGUCGCUGAUGCUAUCAUCAGCCAGCUUCUUCUCCUGGAUGCCCAGGAUUCCUCUCGGGACAUCCGUCUGUUCAUCAACUCCCCCGGAGGAUCCCUCAGUGCGACAAUGGCCAUAUACGAUGUGGUUCAACUUGUGAGAGCGGAUGUUUCGACUGUUGCCCUUGGCAUUGCAGCAUCAACAUCUUCAAUCAUCCUCGGUGGUGGUACCAAAGGUAAACGGCUUGCAAUGCCCAACACACGAAUCAUGCUCCAUCAGCCCCUUGGUGGUGCUAGUGGCCAAGUCAUUGAUGUGGAGAUUCAGGCUAAAGAAGUCAUGCAUAACAAGGAGAAUGUCAUUAGAAUUGUAGCUGGCUUUACAGGCCGCGCAGUUGAACAGGUUCGAAAAGAUAUUGACAGGGAUCGAUAUAUGUCUCCAAUUGAGGCCGUCGAAUAUGGCAUCAUUGAUGGUGUCAUUGACAGGGAUGCCAUCAUUUCUCUUGUACCGCUGCCAGAGAAAGUGAAGUCUAAACUGAAUUAUGAGGAGAUCACUAAAGAUCCUAGGAAAUUCUUGACUCCAGAAAUCCCUGAUGAUGAGAUAUAUUAGCUAGUGCUGCUUUGUUUUUGUAAUACCAUGGACAUAUGCUGCUUGUUUUUUUUCUUUUGCUUUUCACGGCAGAUAGAAUUCCUACCGAGUUGUGCAUUGUUAACUACACAAUGAAAUACACUUUUGAUUCUA